AUGGAUGAUGCUGCAAAGAAAGCACGAGAUGAAUAUCUUAAAAAGUAUCUCAGCAAAGAUAACAAACAAUCAACGAAAAAACAUAAGAAAAAAAACAGGAUUGGAAUUGGAUUAAAGAUUCGUGAAAACGAUGCUUUCGCUGAUGUUGCACCAUGUACUGAGCAGGCUUCAGAUGAUGAGAGUGACAAAGAUAUCAAAAUAUUGGAAAAAGUGGAAAAGCUACAUUCAGUACCGAAGUUCAAGCCUGCAGCAUUUGAAGCUGUUGAACUCAAAACAGAAACAGAUACAUUGCGGAAACGAAAUGAUUCUUCAUCAGAUGAAAACGGUUUGUUUUUGCUGAUCUUGAUAAUGGAACUUUUAAUUGGCAAUGAUAUUCCAAAUUUUACGGAACGAAUUAUGCCAGAUGAAAUAUCUCUUCCGACUACCAGUUCAGAAGUAUGGAAAAGUGUUUCAGUCACGGAUAAGGAUUGCUCUGUUCAUCAAAAAAUUAUCGCACAGACUAGAGCGGAUUCAGAUAUUUCCUUUUCAAUACAUCGAGUAAAGGAUGAGCCACUUGACUCAGAUACUUCGCCAUCAAGAGGAUUAGCGAAUUGUGCAAGGCGAAAUUGUAAUAAUAAUGAAGAUCAUUUAUUUUCGAAACGAAAAAAAUCAACAAAUGAUCUUGACUUGAAUGUUUCACCGCCAUGUCGCAGAAUCAAAGAUGAGCCAAUCGAUUCAGAUCUUUCUCCACCAAGAAGAUCAAUGCAUAGUAUUAAAAGAAAUUCUAAUGAUGACGAUUCGGAUGUUUCACCUCCAAGACGCAGAAAACGCACAGAUAAUUCUGACUCAGAUCUUUCUCCUCCGCGUAAAUACAAUGAUUAUGGACAUCAAAAACGAAGGCGAGAUAAUAUUGUCGACUCUUCUCGACAUAAAAAAAGUAGUUGGGACUCGGACUCUGAUGGAUCAUCAUAUGACAAAAGCGUUGGAAGAAGGCGAAAGCAUUAUGAAAGAGGUCAACACGAAAAUUCCAGUAGACGUCAUGGACGUCAUAAUGAUUAUCAAGGACGAAAAGAUUCUCCUGAUGGUAGUAGGGCAUCACAUCAUAGUAAAUGCGAUAGAUCAAAUGACAGUAAUGUUAAACCAGUGAUUGGAAAAAGUGCUGGUCUUAAAACACUGGAAUCGCAUCGAGAGGAAAUGAAGCAACUUCAAGAAAAUGAGAUGAAAUUACUCAAAAGUUGGGAUGGAUACACGAGUGGUACGGAUGUCGCAGUUACUCGUCGUGCCAAAUUAAGUGGUAAAAAACGUGAAACGAAGGAAGAUCGUGAAAAGAAGGAACGUGAAGCUAAAAAGCAACAAGAAUUAGAGGAGAAAUAUAAAAGUUGGAACAAAGGACUGCGACAAUUAAAAGAGCGAACUGAAAAAUUGAAUGAAAUGGCUCGAGUGGCACAAGAAGAUUUUGCACGUCAUGUUGAUGACAGGGCAAUGAAUGAACACUUGAAAGAGCAAUUGCACGAGAAAGAUCCGAUGUAUAAAUAUGUAAAAAAGAAAAAGGAAAAUGCAGAAAUGAAAAGUGGGACUGCAUAUCCAAAAUACAAAGGAAGUUGGCCACCGAAUCGUUUCAAUAUUGCGCCAGGUUAUCGAUGGGAUGGAGUAAAUCGUUCAAAUGGCUUUGAAGAUCGAAUAGCUGAAGUAUCUAAUCGAAAAAUAGCUCAACAGACCGAAUAUUAUGAAAAUAUUGUGAAAUAUGAAAAAUUGAUUGCUAAAAAGUAUGCUGGCUUAUAUGGAGGAAUGUCGAGGAAAGAAUCAGUUGCAAUCGAUAGAGGAAAUGAUAAUAAAACAUUACCCGAGAAUUUUCAACGUAUUCCAUGUCAGCAAUCAUUUCUAUCUUUCGAUUCCGAUGAAAUGCUUAAAACAGCAAUUGAGAUGGAUGAAAGUAAUUCAAAUGAGAAAUUGAUAACAGCAAACUGUGCAAGUAAAUCAACACUUACUACAAAUUCUAUCAGUCCCUAUAAACGAUCAGUAUCACCGGAUACCAUGCUACAAGAUGCAACAUCUAAUACUUCUAUCAGUGGCGUCGGAUAUCCAAUGUAUAAGACAUAUAUUACAUACGAAAGUCGUGGACUUAAUGCAUGCAGAAGUUGGCUUAGAUAUUGGAUUGUUUUUGGUUGGUUAGCACUGUUGGAUGUAUUUUUUUAUCAUUAUCUAAAAUAUUGGACAGUGUAUUGGUCGAUUAAAAUUAUUAUUACCAUCUAUUUAUUGAUGCCAUUAGUGAAAGGAGCUGAUUUAAUCUAUCGUGAUUUCAUCAAAAAUUUUAAUAAAAAUAUUGAAGAGGGUAUUCAACAUGCUCCAAUUGAACGUAAAAACAUUGAUCUAACACCGUUGAAAAAAGCCAAUGUUCCAAUUUUUUUUAUCGUUGGUGGUCCUGGAUCUGGCAAAGGAACGCAGUGUGAUAAGAUCGUAGCAAAAUAUGGCUUAACACAUCUUAGCUCAGGUGAUUUGCUACGUGCUGAAGUGAAAUCAGGAUCGCCACGUGGAUCAGAACUCAAUAAAUUGAUGCAAAAUGGAGAACUUGUUCCGCUGGAGGUAGUGCUAGAUUUGGUUAAAGAAGCUAUGCUUCAAGCGGUGGAAAAAGGUUCCAAAGGUUUCUUGAUUGAUGGUUAUCCACGAGAAGUAAAGCAAGGAGAACAGUUCGAAAAUGAAAUUCAGCCAGCUAAAUUGGUACUGUUUUUUGAUGUCAGUGAAGAUACCUUGGUCAAGCGAUGCUUGCAUAGAGCACAAACAAGUGGGCGUGUAGAUGAUAACAUUGAUACGAUUAAAAAGCGACUUCACACCUACAUAACUGCAACCGCUCCGGUUGUCGAUUACUAUGAGAAGCAAGGAAAGUUGGUAAAGAUUCCAUCUGAGGGAGCAGUGGAUGAAAUUUUCAAGAUUGUUCAACAACAUCUCGAUAAAGCUGUAGCAUAA